AUGUUCGAGCAAGGGGAUUCAUCGAAGGAGGUAAAACUCGUAAAACAAAAAAAACAAAACAAAGCGCUAAGCGGAGGAGAAGACGAAUUGUCUCAGGAGGAUCUCAUCCCCAGCUUCCAGGACAUCUGGGACAGCCUGGACAAGUAUGAUGACGAGUACACCCCCUCAAGUGAAAUUCAGAAGUAUCACAAUUCUUUGCAGAAGAGCCUGUACAACAUUCUAUUUUCGAUUAAAUAUUUUCACGAGCUAAAUAUUGAUGCUCAAUUUUUGAAGCUCGUGAACAGAUACGUGAAAUUUAAAUUGCAAGGACAUCAUCAAACGGACGAAAAGGACAUAUCCAGAUUAGCAAGGUUUCACUUAAAAAAUCAGAAAGAUGACGAUGAGGACGAAUUGGUCGUGGAUGAAGAAGUUGGGGUCUUCCCCACCAAAUGCCCCAUUUCGCAAAUGCCUUUUGAAAACCCAGUGACGCAAAGGCAAAAUAAAGACACGAUCGAAUGCCCCAUAGCAGCUUGCAAAAAAAAGGUCUACAAAAAUAGCCUGCACCCCGAUUACGAAUUUUUGCACCAUGCAAGGUACAAAAAAUUCCGAGACAACAUUGCGGAGGCGAAGGAAUACUUUGUCAAUCUGAGGAACGAUGAUAGCAAAGGAUUCGACUUUGUUGAGUGA